AUGGCAUCCACAUCUGCCAGGAACAACGGAGAGAAAAAGGACAGCUGGCCAUCUCAAGCUGCGGCCGCCUUAGGUGGAGGGCAGAAAGUCUCAUUAUCUCGGUCUGAAGAAUUCCUGAGCCAGAUCAGCGCAGAACUUACAGAUGAAGCACUAUUUAUUGCUCGCUCCCAGGUGAACUCUGUGCCCACCAAGGAAAUGCAGACAAAAGACCAAGGGACUCAGAUAUCAUCUAAACACGUGGUCUUCACCAAGACCCGAGGCACAGACACCUGCUCUGACAGAAAUCGCAGCAGCACCAAGGCACACCUUCUGCCAUCUCCUCGUGAAAAGGGAGUGCUCCCCAAUAGCCUGACGACUGGAGGAUGAGUCCCACCC